AUGCUCUCAACAUCUCUUUUCUUUUUGGUGCUCUUCGCACUGGUAAGAGCACAAGAUGAUAAUGAUUCAACUGAUCCGGCCGCUUUGCCAGUUGUUACAGUAAAUGUCUCCACAUCCCAAACAUACCAAACGAUUUCUGGCUUUGGAAUCUCCCAAGCUUUCAACCGCGCCGCAUCAAUAUACCACCUCCCCAAUGCUACCCAAAGCAAAAUCCUCGAUUUGCUCUUUGAUGACAGCGUCGGCGCUGGUCUAACCAUCCUUCGGAACGGAGUCGGAUCGUCGAACAGCACAGCAUUAGACUACAUGCUAAGCAUCGAACCAAAUCCUCCCUCGACAUCCAUCUCAAACGGGACCGCCACAUACGCCUGGAACGGCAACGACAGUUCUCAAGUCUGGCUCUCUCAACAAGCUCAAAAGUAUGGGGUGCAAACAUUUUAUGCAUCAGCGUGGUCUGCGCCUUGGUACAUGAAAAGCAACGAGAAUGACCAAGAUGGAGGCUAUCUUUGUGGGGUGACGGGAACGAAGUGCGGGACGGGAGAUUGGAGACAGCAUUUUGCGAAUUAUUUGGUGCAGUAUUUGAGGGAGUAUCAGGAUGCUGGGAUUAAUGUUACGCAUCUGGGGUUCUUGAAUGAACCGGAUAUCUCUCCCUCCUAUGCCGGAAUGCGCUCCAACGGCUCCCAAGCCGUAGAUUUCCUCAAGAUCCUAGCCCCUACCCUCCAAUCCUCGAACUUCUCCCACGUCAAACUAGUCUGCUGCGACAACACCGGCUGGUCAAUCGCCGGCGCCACACUCUCAGAACUCCAAUCCGCCUCCGGAGAAAAGUAUCUAUCAGUCUAUUCCGCCCACGGCUAUAGCGCCGCCCCAACUGACCCCCUCAAAACCUCCCUCCCCGUCUGGCAAACCGAAUGGUCAGACCUCACAACCCCCUUCACUGCGCUCUGGGACUCCGCAGUCAAUACCACCGACGACGAUACGGGGGACGUCACCACGACUGACGGCACAGAAGUCGAUGGCUUUGUCUGGGCAACCAACAUCCAGGACAGUCUGGUGAAAGCUAAUGUUUCGGCAUUCCUGCAUUGGAUGGGCGCAGAAGAGAGUUCGGGGUCCGAUAUGUUGAUCCGAAUUAACUCCACCACGAACUCAUACACAGUCUCGAAACGGCUGUGGGCAUUCGCGCAUUUUGGCCGCUACGUGAAACCGGAUUCGAGACGCAUCUACGCGAAUUCGUCGGCGGCGUGGGAAGAUUUCUCGGUUUCGGCGUUUGAGAGUGCGAACGUGGGACGGAGUGGGAUCAAGAGCAUCGCGGUGCAGGUUAUCAAUAAGGGGUGGGCGAAUGUGACGGUUAGUAUGAGGGUUGAGGGGGCGAGGGAGGGGGGUGUCGUGUUGCCGGUUACGACAAAUGAGGGGGUUGAUGUGGGGAGUGGGGAGUACUUGGCGGUUUGGGAGGGGUUGGUGAAUGCUACGGUGCCGGCGAGGAGUCUGAUGAGUUUUGUGUUUAGUUGA